AUGCGUGAACUGGAGGGUGAAGUAGAGAUCGAGCAGAAAAGAGCCUCGGAGGCCAUCAAGGGAAUCCGUAAAUACGAGAGGAGAGUCAAGGAGCUCACUUACCAGACAGAAGAGGACAAGAAGACCGGUUUGAGACUUCAGGACCUGGUGGACAAGCUGCAACUCAAAGUCAAGGCAUACAAGCGGCACAAUGAGGAAGCUGAUGAUCAGGCCAACACUUAUCUUGCUAAGCUAAGGAAGGUUCAGCAUGAGCUGGAGGAGGUGCAGGAGCGAGCAGACAUCGCUGAGUCCCAGGUCAACAAGAUGAGAACCAAGAGCCGAGACUUUGCAAAGGCUGGUGAAUCUGAGUAG